GUGAGUCUGUGCGCUUGUGUGGGACUCAGUGUGGAUCUCUCCUCUCGCAAAAGCAGACAGGACCCAGUGCAGCCCUCAUCGCGCUGUGGUCCCCUCGCUUGCUCUCUACCUCACGGACACGAAAACUGUCGUAUGCAGAGGCAUUUUGUUGAGGUGAUAGCAACAGACUGAGGAAUUUGUAAGAAAAUACAUUGGAGCCAAGCGUAAACAGCCAAGGACUGAGGUGGCUCAUCUUGCUGUAUUUCUUUGUGGUGGGAGUAGCCGUUUAUGGAGUUUAAAAGGAUGCUUAGAAGCUGUUAUAGGUAACAGGUAGGAUGGUGGCCGGGGAGGCUAGCGUGCACAGCUCCCUGGUGGCUUGCUGGCAGCCCAUUCUGCUGCUAAUGCUGGGUACUGUACUGUCAGGCUCAGCCACAGGCUGCCCAGCUCGCUGUGACUGCAAUGCCCAGGAGCGAUCGGUGCUGUGCCACCGCAAACGGCUGAUGACCAUACCUGAGGGUAUCCCAACUGAGACACGCCUUCUGGACCUCAGCAAAAAUCGGAUCAAGACCAUUAACCCAGACGAGUUUGCACCCUUCCCCCACCUGGAAGAACUGGAGCUCAACGAGAACAUCAUCUCCACCAUCGAGCCUGGGGCCUUCAACAAUCUCUACGGCUUGAGCACAUUAGGGCUGCGCAGCAACAAGCUGAAGCUCAUUCAACUGGGGGUUUUCACAGGGCUGAGCAACCUCACCCAACUGGACAUCAGCGAGAACAAAAUUGUCAUACUGCUGGACUAUAUGUUCCAGGACCUUUACAAUCUUAAGUCUCUGGAGGUGGGGGACAAUGACCUAGUGUUCAUCUCCCACCGAGCCUUCAGUGGCCUGACCAGCCUGGAGCAGUUGUCCCUGGAGAAGUGCAAUUUGACCUCUAUCCCCACGGAAGCACUCUCCCACCUCCAUGGCCUGAUCGUGCUCCGGCUGAGGCAUCUCAAUAUUAACGUGGUCAGGGACUAUUCCUUCAAGCGGCUAUACAGGCUCAAGGUCCUCGAAAUCUCCCACUGGCCGUUCCUGGACACCAUGACCUCCAACUGCCUGUAUGGCCUCAACUUGACCUCCCUCACCAUUACCCAUUGUAACCUUACCACAAUUCCUUAUGUGGCUAUCCGCCACUUGGUCUACCUGCGCUUCCUGAAUUUAUCCUUUAACCCAAUCCACACAGUGGAAGGAGACAUGCUCCAUGAAUUGCUUAGGCUCCAGGAGUUUCACUUAGUGGGUGGUCAACUGGCCACUAUAGAGCCUUAUUCCUUCAAGGGACUGAACUACCUACGUAUUCUCAAUGUCUCAGGCAAUUAUUUGUCCACACUGGAGGAGUCUGCCUUCCACUCAGUGGGCAACUUGGAGACUCUUAUCUUGGAUAACAAUCCUCUGGCUUGUGAUUGCCGUCUACUUUGGGUCUUCCGUCGCCGCUGGAGGCUCAAUUUCAACCGGCAGCAGCCUACCUGCUAUGCACCAGAGUUUGUCCAGGGCAAAGAAUUUAAGGACUUUCCAGACAUACUCCUGCCCAAUUAUUUCACCUGCCGUAAAUCCAGAAUCCGGGAACGGAAGCCCCAGCAGGUGUUUGUGGACGAGGGUCACACUGUUCACUUUGUGUGCCGGGCAGAUGGGGAUCCAGCACCUGUGAUAAGGUGGGUGUCCCCUCGCAAGCACCUAAUCUCAGCAAAGACCAACGGGCGUCUGACAGUGUUCCCCGAUGGCACACUGGAGGUGCGUUAUGCCCAGAUACAGGACAAUGGCACCUAUGCUUGUAUUGCUAGCAAUGCAGGAGGCAAUGACACUGUGGUUGCCCAUUUACAUGUCCACAGUUACUCUCCAGAUUGGCCCCACCAGCCCAACAAGACCCUGGCCUUUAUCUCUAACCAGCCCAAUGAGAAUGGCUCCAAUGGGACACGAGCCACUGUUCCCUUCCCAUUCGACAUCAAGACACUGAUAAUUGCAACCACCAUGGGCUUCAUUUCCUUCCUUGGGGUGGUGUUAUUCUGUCUGGUCCUCCUCUUCCUGUGGAGUAGGGGCAAGGGCAACACCAAGAACAACAUUGAAAUUGAGUAUGUGCCCCGCAAGUCUGACGCUGGCAUAAGCAGCAGCACAGCCGAUGCUCCUCGCAAGUUCAAUAUGAAGAUGAUAUGAUAUGCCAAAGGCAUGGAAGGAAGGAAUAGAAAAAUGGAAAGCAACUGCUCCCCGACAUCCCAACUCCCAGGAUGUUAUUCUCAACAAGCUCGAAGCUGGGAUGGCGAUGUUUGAUGUUGUUUUUUUUUUGUUUUUUUUUGUUCGUUCACUCCUCCCUGGAUGUUUAAUCAAGACUUAUUACAGAUAGGCCAACAUGGACCACUUCUUUGAAACCGAACUUUGUGUACUGAAUUCAGUGGAUUUUUAUGGAAAAAAAGUUAAUUAAAGAAUAAUUAAAUUAACCAUUUUAAAGUUUCCUAUUAUUAGCUGGAAUGCGAGAGGCAGUUCUCUCCCUGCAGAGUCUUUAUGCCUUUAUUUUUUAACUAAAAAAAAUCAUUUGUUUUAUGGAAAUGAUAACUAUGUAGUAUCCUUGAAUAGGGGUUGGUGAAUACAUAGCUUCAUUCUUGAAAGUUAAGAGUCUUUUCUACGUGAACAUUUGUUUUUAGCAAAGGAAUAUCUUUUCACCUAUAUUCUCAUUGACAGAAACAGUACUGUGCAGUAGUAGUGAUUUCACAAAGAUGUAGUGGGCUCCAACAAAGGCGGGGAUCAAGUGUCAUCACUGUAAAAAUAUAUAUUAUAUACAUUAUAUAAAUAUCUCCCCCUUUCAACACUAUUGUUAAUGAUCAUAAAAAGAACAGUUCUGUUUUUUGGAAUGCGUACUAAGAAGUCCAUAGUCCAGAGGGAUUAAUUAAUCACAGGUAUGGCUCAACUAGUUGACAACCUUAACCAGUUUCAAACAUCAUCCCCAUCCAAGAACCAGCAAUCCUGAUUUCUAGAACACGAAUGAGACCUAUACACAUAACUGUUUUAUGUAAUGUUUUAAGGACUGCUUUUAAACAUUCUCUUAUUUCAUAGUGCUUUGAAUAUAUUUAAAAAAAAAGAAAAACUUCCAUCGCUAUAACAGUCGAAGACUCUUUCAUUAACUACAAGCUUGAUUUAAUUAAUCAAAUGAGCUUGUUCACAAAACAUUCCUUAAAACAGUUACAGUAUUCAAGUUUUGGUGAGCAGAGCCCAAUAUUUCAUAUUACACUAGAGUGACCAGCAAUACCUCUAAUACAGUGACCAGUAGUCAGUUUGCAAGAACAAGGGAGAGCUGGAGUCUUUAUUUUAAGCUCUGUUCAACAAAAGGUCAUGUGUUCACUUACCCACGGAGCUGUAUCAGAUUAAUACUUCCUUUUGAACAGGAAUAUUUUCCAAAAAGUGUGACAGAAUAAAAAUGUCUUAACAAAACAUGUAUACUAUUUCUGUUUGACCCCCAUCCAUGAAAAGAAAAUCUUACAUUAACUAGAAUUUGAGUCGUGUCCAUAUUAUUAUUAUUUGUUUCUGAAAAUAAGGUUGCAAAAAUCUAAAGUGUUUUAAAGUGAUGUUUAUGUACCAACUGGAAUAAAGAACACACCCACAGUGAGCCAAUAUAAUAUGGGCAGGGGGUCAUGGAAGGCUGUUAGCAUUUUUGGCCUAAGGUGGCUGAAGCAUAAAAGCCAUUAAACAGCUAGUUGCCAUAGUUAGGUAUACCAAAGGCUCACUUUGUCACAUGUGUACUUUACUCUGGUUCAUGUGGGAAGCGGCUCCUACUAGACCUGCAAAAAUGAAGGAAUUGGAAACUUUCUUUGUUAUGUUAACCCAGGAUUACAAUGAAGUUGUCCGAAACUAAGAACUUCUUUUAUUUAAAAAUAAUGAUAAUAAUAAUAAUUAAUUGUUCUGUGCAAUAAAGGUAAUAUGCAGAUUAUUAUUAUUUUUUUUAAUCAACACAAUUUUCUUGAUGUUAAAUUGUUUGAUGAAAAUAUGUUAUGU